GCUCUCUGCUGCCCACCACACCUCUCCGCCACUUCUCCCGCCGCCCAGACUCCGCCCCGUCCGCUCGUCACGAUGAGGAUCGAGACGUGCUACUUCUGCUCGCAACCGUGCUACCCAUCCAAGGGUAUCACUUUUGUGCGCAACGAUGCGAAGGUCUUCAAAUUCUGCCGCUCGAAAUGCCACAAGAACUUCAAGAUGAAGCGUAAUCCCCGCAAACUCGCCUGGACCAAAGCCUUCCGCAGCGCACACGGAAAAGAAAUGCCCAUCGAUGGCACUCUUGCAAAUUUCGCCCAACGCCGCAAUAUCCCCGUCCGCUACAACCGCGAUCUGGUACAGAAGACGCUACAGGCCAUGUCUCGCGUGCAGGAAAUCCGCGAUCGUCGGGAACGCCAAUUCUACAAGGACCGCAUGAAGGGCAACAAAGCACGCCAGCUCGAAGCCGAUCGCAAGCUCGUUGCCGAGAACCAGCACUUGUUGCCUGCGCAGUACCGCGACCAAGUCGAGCAGGCCCUGCAAACUUUGCCAGAGCAGGUCCAAGAGGAGACUAUGGAAGAGGAGCUGGACGAGGAAAUGGCUUUGGAGGAGCAAGCACGUUUGGCGCCGAAGAAGAGUGCACUCAAGCAGAAGCGGAAACAACAAUUGGUCCGAGGAGGAGUUGCGGAAGAGAUGGAUGUCGAUGGUUGAUUUCAGCAUCUCGCCUUGCGGCAGCAACCAGUUUCACGAUUGUCAGCGAAGGUGUCUGGCGUUUUCAUGAGUUCAUGGCUACAUACAAACAGCGACCUUUCAGUGGCAUGAGACCACUCAAGCACAUUGGGAAUUUCACCUAUGCACUGCGACGACAAUGCCCGUCAUCGAUAUGCAGUGCUGCUAAGAGUACAAUAAUCAUCCUCAAAUCCGAAUCCGCGUACUCCGAGCGUGGCUGUAGCAAACACAUUGUCGAGCCUUGAGGUUGGCACCUUUCAUUUCAGGCCAGCAGCAGUUCAGAGCGUCGUCCUCAGAGUAGCGGGCUUACUGCCUCUUUAUCUGUCCGCGUCCUCAAGAGAAAUGGAGAGCAAGCGAGAUCGUCAAUUCACAGACCAGUGAAGGCAGUAUCGUAAAUUGUAGGCACUCGUCACACCGAGCGUCCUAUUCAUGCAUAUGUACUUGUACAAAAGCUGCUCCAGCGAGGUCUCGCAAGACCCGCCUCUCGCCAAAUCCUCCCAAACAUCAACGGGCAUCAAUAGUCGUACGUAGCCUGGAAAAUGCACGAUUGAUGCAAUUGCCACACUCCGUCGCAGCUGUGCCAAGCUGUUCGGCCCUCCAUGAACGCCGUCCCAUGUUUGUUUCCAUUUCCAACCGGAUGUUUCUCCAAGCCUCGCAACGCCAUGCUUUAAACAUCAAAGACCCCCAAUCGUAACCCUGUAAUGAUUUCGCGGGACCUCCGGCGAUAAUCUAAUACACUUCCUGUAUGUGCUCAUAAAACAUCAAGUAUGUUGCGAGUUAUGGG